UCUCCUUUUUCCGACGGAGAGAAGGAGAGAGAGGGAGAGAGAGAGAAGGAAGGAGACAGGACAGACCUCACCCCGCACCUCAGUCUGCUCUGAACCUUUCCACCAGACCGCAGUGGAUGGCUCAACAGCGCAAGAUGUGAAAAGAAGGAGGCUUUUUUUUUCUUCUUCUUCCCCUUCAGUUUUUUUUAUUUUUGGCAGGCUGCAGGGUGUUUGAUCACAGGAGCUCCGCGCACUGAGAGGGGAUCAGCUGCCUCGCUUGUUUUUUCUUUUUCUUUUUCUUUCUCUCCUCUCUGCGCUCUUUCCCUCUUACCGGGGGAGGGGGAGAAAGUGGGAUGCGGGUUACGCAGCAUCACCGGUGACCGUCGUUGCCGUCAGCCUCACAGAUAUAGAUACACCUUCCACUUCUCAGUAAGAAAAAAAAAAAAAGAAAGAAGGAAAGAAAACUCUUUAACCGGUGAGAGGAAAACGGGGGCUUGUUUCUACUGGUGAUAAAAGAGAAGAGGGAUAUUUUUCAAACUCCUUCGGAUGUGAUUCCCCCCCUCACCUCCCCUUUCACCCCAUCCGAUCUUAUUUUCUGCCUCCGUCCCGUGAAAAGCGGGGAAAAGAUCCGAUCGCUGUUGGAUCUCGUCGCUAUCGCUUUUUAAUCUGUCCAUUUCUCUGUCCUGAGUGCCGGUGGUGGAGAGGAGCUGCGGGAGAUCCAGAUACCCGAGGAAGUGGUGGGGAGGAAGAGGAGGAGGAGGGAUAGGGGGGAGGAAAUUGAGUUGCUCUGCAAUUACGGGCUUUUUUUUUCUUUUUUCUCGCGGUUCAGCCCGACUUCUGCGGACCGAAGCGCACAAAAACCUCCCGCGCCGAAGUGAGAGGGAGAUUGAUUUUUAAGCCAAGCGAAGAGGCGGCGGCAAAGGGGUCCUGCGAGCAGCACCUCACCUCAAAGGCACCAGCCUGUGUGUCGGCGUGUACAUUUACACACACCUCUGCAGGUGCUGGCUCGCACUAUAUGUGUACGUGAGAUGACGAGAAGCUAAGUGACUACCACAACCACAUAGAUCAGACAGCCCUCUGUGCUGCAAGAUGGAUUAAAGGCCCACACCUCAGGAGAUCAAAGGUGGCUGUGACAGGGGCACACCCGGGGCAGGACCCAUGAAGAGUCAUAGAAGAUGCUCACAGCCUGGGCGCUUCUGCUCUUCUUAGCCAUGUGGGUGAGAAGCACCUCUGGUGGCCCGCUCUCCUUCAGAAUAGCUGCCAUUCUUGAUGAUCCUAUGGAGUGCAGCAGGGGAGAGCGUUUAGCCAUCACGCUGGCCAAAAAUAACAUCAACAGGAGCAGCAACCGCUCUACAACAGGCAAGCUGGAGGUGGACAUCUUUGAAUUGCUAAGAGACAGUGAAUAUGAGAUGGGGGAGACAAUGUGCCAGAUAAUGUCUAAAGGGGUUGUGGCAGUCCUUGGCCCAUCUGCCAGUCCAGCUUCUAACUCCAUCAUCAGCAAUAUAUGUGGAGAGAAAGAGGUACCAUAUGUCAAAGUGGCUCCAGAGGACAUCCUGAAGGUGCAGUUUCCCCGCUUCACAACUCUGGACUUGAGACCAACGAACACCGACAUCAGCUUGGCCGUGGCCGGCCUUCUUACAUUCUUUAACAGCACCGCCUCCUGCCUCAUCUGUGCCCAGGCCGACUGCUUGUUGAAUUUGGAGCAGCUGCUCAGACAGUUCCUAAUCUCUAAGGAAACCCUGUCAGUGCGCAUGUUGGAUGAUAGCCAGGACCCGACCCCUCUCCUGAAAGAGAUCCGUGACGACAAGACGGCCACCAUCAUAGUGGACGCCAAUGCCACCAUGUCACAUAUCAUUUUAGAACGGGCAUCAGAGUUGGGGAUGUUGUCUGUCUACUACACUUACAUCUUCACCUCCCUGGAAUUCACUUUGCUACGACUGGAUGAUGUGGCUGACCAGCGGGUCAACAUUGUCGGGUUUUCAGUCUUCAAUAAAACGCAUCCCUUCUUCCAGGAAUUUGUGCUAAGCCUCAAUCGCUCCUGGCAGGAGAAUUGUGACCACGCACCCUUUGCUGGCACUCCGCUCUCGUCAGCCCUGCUCUUUGAUGCGGUAUACGCAGUGGUUGCAGCGGUCCAGGAGUUGAACCGCAGCCAGAACGUCGGCGCUACUCAGCUCUCCUGCAAGUCAUCCAAAAUCUGGGAGCAUGGCACAAGCCUCAUGAAUUACCUUAGAAUGGUAGAAUUGGAAGGCCUAACAGGACACAUAGAGUUCAACAGCAAAGGUCAGAGGUCCAACUACGCCCUGCGGAUCAUGCAGAACAGCAAGGAAGGCCUAAGGCAGAUCGGCCUGUGGCACUCUGAAGAUGGACUGUCCAUGGAGAGAACUCUUCCAUCAAUCAACGUGACAGACACACUCUUCAACACAACUCUUACGAUCACAACAAUACUGGAGAAUCCAUACGUAAUGCUACGGCCAAACCACCAAGAACUGGAGGGGAACGACCGCUACGAAGGCUUCUGCGUGGACAUGCUGAAGGAGCUGGCAGACAUCCUCAAGUUUAAGUAUCGCAUCCGGCUGGUCGGGGACGGCGUCUACGGCGUUCCUGGAGCCAAUGGGACGUGGACUGGAAUGGUUGGAGAGCUCAUCUCCAGGAAAGCUGACCUGGCAGUGGCUGGACUCACCAUCACAGCGGAGCGCGAGAAGGUGAUCGACUUCUCCAAGCCUUUCAUGACCCUGGGAAUCAGCAUCAUGUACCGUGUCCACCUGGGACGUCGGCCGGGCUACUUCUCCUUCCUGGAUCCCUUCUCCCCUGGCGUCUGGCUCUUCAUGCUUCUGGCCUAUUUGGCCGUCAGCUGCGUCCUCUUUCUAGUGGCCAGACUGACGCCGUACGAAUGGUACAACCCCCACCCCUGUCUGAAGGGACGCUGCAACUUGUUGAUCAACCAGUACUCACUCGGCAACAGCUUCUGGUUCCCUGUUGGAGGAUUCAUGCAGCAGGGAUCCACCAUUGCUCCCAGAGCAUUGUCAACACGUUGCGUCAGCGGAGUGUGUUCUCCAUCCAUUUCCACCGACCCCCUUCAUCCAUCCAGCACCUCACCCACCGUGAAACCUCCUGCCGUGUUUUCUCCUCUCAGGUGGGCCUUUACAUUAAUCAUCAUCUCCUCGUACACCGCCAACUUGGCCGCCUUCCUGACUGUUCAAAGGAUGGAGGUGCCAAUAGAGUCAGUGGAUGACCUGGCGGAUCAGACAGCGAUAGAGUACGGCACCAUGCAUGGAGGAUCCACUAUGACUUUCUUCAUGAACUCUCGCUACCAGACCUACCAGCGCAUGUGGAACUUCAUGUACUCUAAGCAGCCCAGCGUGUUCGUGAAGAGCACAGAGGAGGGCAUCGCUCGGGUUCUGAACUCCAACUACGCCUACUUGCUGGAGAGCACCAUGAAUGAGUACUACCGCCAGAGGAACUGCAACCUGACUCAAAUUGGAGGACUGCUCGACACCAAGGGCUACGGCAUCGGCAUGCCACUGGGGUCAGUGUACCGCGAUGAGUUUGACCUCGCCAUCCUCAAACUUCAGGAGGACAAUCGUUUGGAGAUUCUCAAGAGGUUUUGGUGGGAGGGUGGCAAGUGUCCAAAGGAGGAGGACCACCGGGCCAAAGGUCUGGGUAUGGAGAACAUCGGCGGGAUCUUCGUGGUGCUCGUGUGCGGCCUGCUGGUAGCAAUCUUCAUGGCUGUGCUGGAGUUUGUUUGGAUGUUAAAACAGGCCCCAGGGAAUGAGCAGUCAGUGUGUGAGGAGAUGCUGCGGGAGCUGCACGGGAUCGUGUUGUGUCGCGACAGCCUGCAGGUGAGGCGCCGGCGGGCGGCGUCUCUGAUGCGGCCGCGACCUUUGCCCCUGGAGGAACGUCGAGCGCGAGCCGCCGCCGUCAGCCUCAGCAAUGGCAAACUGUGCGCAGGCACUGGCCUCCCCGAGCCGCUCUCCCACAGACUGGCGCAGGAGGCCGCCCUGGUGGCCAGGGGCUGCAGCCACAUCCGGAUUUGCCCCGAGUGCAGACGCUUCCAGGGACUGAGGAUGCGUCCCGCCGGGGCCGGCGAGGCCCUGCCCUCUCCCACGCACAGCGAGGAGAGCAUAGAGUGGGACAAAACCACAAAUAGCAGUGAACCUGAAUAACACUAGGAAAAUCCAGUCAGACUGACUUUUCCAACAUACACCUCUCUCUUUUUUCCAGGGAUCAAAGACCAUGUGGUAUUUUUAUCCAGCCAUUCUGAGCUUGUUCUUGAAAAGCAGGACAAUGCUGCAGACUUUGUUUUGCCCUUGAAGCAACAGCCUAAAGUCAGAUUUUGAAAUGUUUUUGGAUGAUUUUUGUUUUCCUUGGUCAGAGGAAAAAGAACUGAUGAGCGUGUCUCAUUGCGGUCUGUCCCUGGAGGCCCUUUGUACCCUGUGAAGCAGGACAGACAAAAACAGCUAUGGGGCAUUUGUACUAUGCAGUAUUUCCAGUCAUUUAUCAUUGUGCGGUUCUUUUUUUUAUAUUUCUGUCCUCUGUUUGAUUAUUAUAACUAAAUAUUGUUAUUCUAUUCUUAAAAAAAAAAAUAAACCACUUGUGAUGGCUGAGGAAUCCAAUGUGCUGCAAAGGAGAAGGAGGUUAAAGCAAAGUUAUCCUUUAAACCUUUUUCUUUUAAAAGUGCCAAACCAUGAGUGUUUCCUUGUGGCUAAACGAAGCACCACGGCCUUCAGAAAAUAAACAAAUCCAGCUGAACCAAGGAAAUAAACAUGCAGACACACGUCAGCUUGUAUUGUAGUGACACUAUUCUAUAAAAUAGAAUAAAAUAACUGUUGAUAUCCCUGAAAGACAGCGAAGCGCGGCAUUGGUGGGAGGUCAAAUCAAUCGCAUUCUGAUCAAAAUAUAAGGUGGUGACAGAGGUUCAACAUUUUUUAGAGAGCUGUCCAUCUAUUUCCGACUUUCUUAUGCUGCUAACACUCUUUAUUGUCUCAGCACAUACAGUGGUGUCUUUACAAGUGCUUUUUUUUGCAGAGCUACAAACAUGAAGAAAGUUUUUUGCUUACGUAUUGGGUUGGAGGGUGUUUUUCUACACUGUGCAGUAAAAAGGAAUCUGCAUUUUGUUAGGCUUAAAUGGUUCAGAUCAAUUAAAAAAACUGAAUAUCAGUCAAAAGUAAAUUGAGACAAUAAAGAAUGUAGUUUUAAAGUAGUGAUUUAAUUCAUUCUCCCGAUACCAACAUUGUCUUAUUUGAAGCUGUCACUGUCGCUCUUGUUAAAUCAUGAAAUAAGUUUGAUUUCAUUGAGUAAGUGCAGACUAGUGGCAGCCUGAUCACUGCUUGUCCUGUGCAAUAGAGAAGUCAUGUAACUUCCACCUGUCUGACAACAUGAAGUAGUCCAAAGGACCUGAAAAAAAACAACACACCAUCUUAUGAUCUACAGAAAUUCAGGAGCAAAAGAGAAACAAAGGAAUGAAUACCCAUCAGUGUCAAAAAUAUAUUUGAAAAAUUAUAUUUAAGAUUUUUGGAACCACAAUCAGUAAAACAGAAAACUUGGAACAACAGUGAAAUAUUUUGAAGAAGCAACAUUGAAGAAGUCCAGGCCUCACUUUCCCCAGUGAGAGAGAGACACAGAGAGAGAGACAGACAGAGAGAAAGAAAGACAAAGAGAGAAGGAGACACAGAAAGAGAGAGAGUUUGAGAGAGAGACAAAGAGACAGAGACAGAGAGAGGUGAGAUAAUAACAACAUCCAAGGGCGAGUACCAAGGGGAAAACAGCAGCAGGCAGAAAGGAAAAAUAAAUAUCAUCUUCAUGAUCCCAGAAACGUUUUGGAAAAUGUUCUGUGGAUUUACGAGGCAAAAGUAGUUUCUUAAAAGGUGUGUGUCGUUAAAACUAACAGCAUUUCAGAAAAGAACAUCAUGCACACGAUAUUUAAAUAUGGUUGCCUUGUUUUGCAGCUGGUUUGCUGCUUCAGGACUUGGGACGACUUGCCAUUAUUGAUGGAACCACGAAUUCAGAGAGUAUCUGGUUGUGGAUUUGUGAUAGCUAGCUCAAGGACUUGGGUUUUUAACUGGCUUAAAACAUGUUUUUAAAGUCUUGGCGUGGAGCAGUCUAAUUAAAACUGAGCUUAAACCUGAGUGAGACGCUGUUGGAUAUGAAUAGGACAUCAGGCUUGAAUACCUAUUAGUUUGGCUGAAUUAAAUUAAGAAAAGUUGUCCAAAAUUCAUCUAAUGUGAUGUAAUCAGUUACAUCCGGCUGUUCCACCAAGGCUGAUGGCAAAACUAGACAUUAGGUUUAUAAAGAAUCAUUUCAAAGCAACAAUGUAACAUGGGGUUGAGUAAUAUUAUUGUGUCAAUGCUAUGACAUUUCUGCAGCAUUUUCGUUACAUUUUGUACCAAUAGCAUCUGUUUAAAAUUGAUUUAUGCUUCUCUGAGUUAAAUUAUAAAAGAGGCAACUUGACUUAGCUGUAGAUCAAAUGGCAUAGAACGGUAAUGUUAUCCUUAAAGAUGUAUAAUCUUUGUACAUUCUUUGUACAAAUGCAAGGAGCAUAUGUGAUGGAGGCAGUAAGGCAUUUUUCUAGUGCUACUUUUCUGCAGAUGUUGUUUUCCGCAGCAUCUAUGGAGUAAAAAUUACUUGUUUUUAGUUUUAUCCCAAAAAAUGGCUCUGCUAGGGAGGUGGGAUCAUCCUGAGAUGAUCCAACCUCCCAAACAGCAUUUUGGAUUCAGACCAUUCGGUAUUUUGGACUAAAACGAUUAUUUAUUUAUUUUUUUGCAUUUAUCACAGUUCAAACUUUUUCAGGGGACUGAAGAUGUGAGAAUGUCGAACAGCAUUUAUUCGCAGAGGUGCAACGAAAACCUCCACAGCGCCCCUGGAAUGUGGGACAGUUUUGGUACUUGUUGCUUAAAUUUUAUUAAACAUUUGUUAAUGGAGCAAAAUUAUUUUUAAAGUUUUAUUCCAUUGGGAGAAGCUUGGAAUGAUUUUGCCAAAGUUAUAGAUU